UACAAUAAAAAGGAUCGUAACAACAUUUAACCCGCAUGUUUUUGUUGAACCUAGAAUCCUGACAUUGGACAGCAAUUGAGUUGUAACCAGUACAUUGUUUGUAGGAAAUUAAGGUAGACGAUAAGAAUCGCAUUUGCCAUCUACUUCUAUUAUGCGAGGAUCCCUGUUUUGAAAUCAUUGAAAAGGAACAUCCGCUCGAUUCAUCUACCUCAGAUUGAGAUGGACACAGGUAAAUAAUGUGACUUUGCGUAGGCUGUUUGUACAUUAUAUAGAUCAUUGUGUUCAUACAACCGCAGCUUAUUGACAAGAUUCGCUCCUGCAACUUCUACGCAAGCUCCAUCGUCACAGGGGGAUUUGGCAUUUCACUCGGCAAUGCGACAAAGUUUGUGUUCAAUUUGGCCCUAGCAGGCUGUGAGCUUUUUUAUUUUUUUAGAGGGAAAAUAGGAUAAGAAAGGAGGAGGAAUAGGCCAAAACCCCAUCAAUGUGAACUGGAGAAGUUCAAGUGCUAAAAAAAGUUGAAAAAGGAAACACCACCUCAUGAACUGUAUUCAGGGACAUAUGGGAUAUAACUUUGACACAUGCCUCUAAUUGUUCUUCGAAUGAAUGCGUAAUCUUGGGGUGGAAUAUAAAAAUCUCCUAGCUGGAGUCCAUGUUUUAUUUGGAAUUUGAAGAAUUUUUUUUUGCUCUGAUGUCCUGUCUCGCCCUUGUUAUAAUAAUAUGGCAUUCUUGCUCUGUGUACCUCUAAGCUUCGAUAGUAUGUGGCCAUAAGACCUCUCUGGAGAUAGCUCACACUUUUGUCCCCACUGAACCUCUCUCUCUCCCUCACACACACACACACACACACUCUCCAGAAAGAGGCAUGUCAAUUCCACUGCAAUGUAUUCUGAUUGCUGCCCUCUUCUUGGCAACAGUUCCACGUAAAUCUGGUGAGUUUCUCUUUACUCUGUCCCAAAAAAGUCAUGGCAAGCUCGGGUCAAAUAAUCAAGAACCUUGAAAACUGUCUACCCUUUAUGGUUGUCUUGCUCUUCCAAGCACUGAGCUUCCACCAUCUGAUUUACGUCUCUGAUGCUUCCAUCUGCUCAUCUGAUAAAAGAAGGCAUCGCAAGAAAGCCUCUUCUGAUCUUUAUUUCUCUGCUCUUGAUGACAUUGCAUAUAGCUGGGGAGUUCGAGCAAUGGUGUGUGGCUGACGAGCAGACCCCGGACGACGAACUGCAAGCAGCUCUGGACUGGGCAUGUGCACAAGGAGGGGCUGACUGCACUGCAAUCCAGGCGAACCAGCCUUGUUAUCUCCCCAACACCGUGAGGGCACACGCUUCCUAUGCCUUCAACAGCUACUACCAGAAGUUCAAGAACACGGGUGGAUCUUGCUACUUCCGCAGCGCCGCCAUGACCACCGAGCUCGAUCCCAGUCGUGGUUCUUGCCACUUCGACUACAUUCCAUGAUUCAGAGAGGCGUGCAGAUCAAUGGGGCCAAGGCAGGAUGAUCCGGUCUGGGUUUACUUGGAGGGAAUUCAAACCAGAGAGCUUCGUUAUUGUUCUACUUCAUUUUCUUUUCACAAAUGUAUGGACGAUUUUUCCUUGGAAGUAAGAAUUCGUAGCCGAGUUAAACUA